UUUUAAAAUCAUAAUCUUUCAUUAAAUUAUAAAAUAACCCCACAAAAAUUCAAAGCUUUCAAAUCAACCCCAGCUCUAUCUAAAGUUGAUAAUAAAAUCUCUCUUUCCUAAACAAAUCUCUCCCCUCCAAAUUCCAACUUUCAUAAUAUCUCUUCUUCGACAACCGAGAGACGCGGGGAUUCAAUUCAACGCUCCUCUGGAUUUUUCAUUUCUUUCAAGGAGGAGAAGAUUAGAGGUGUUCAAAGGUGAUAACGCUUGCAGAACGUGACCACAAUUAAAAUAUUGAAAGCAGCCGAGAACUUUUUUUUGACGGUGUCCGUGUUCGUGCUUGGUCUGAAAUUGACGAAAGAAUCCGACAAGACAACAACUAUUACAGAGAUUCACCGGAGGAUGUUUGGGAUCCAAAGCAGACGUGAUUUGACGAUGGAGCUACAAUCUCAGAUUCCGAUUCUCCGUCCAAGCAUCCACGCGAGACGAGCCAACAUCGUCGUGAAAUUCCAGGACUUGUACGGUUUCACGGUGGAAGGAAAUGUCGACGACGUCAAUGUGUUGAACGAAGUUAGAGAGAAAGUCAGGAACCAAGGACGAGUUUGGUGGGCGCUCGAAGCUAGCAAAGGAGCUAAUUGGUAUCUUCAGCCGGAGAUUCUCUUGAUCGGUGACGGAAUCGCUUUGAAAACGUCUCUCAAGAUCUCGACUUUGACGAAUGCGAUUACCUUGAAGAGAUUGAUUCGGAAAGGGAUCCCACCUGUGCUUAGGCCUAAGGUUUGGUUUUCUCUUUCUGGUGCUGCUAAGAAGAAGUCCACCGUCCCGGAUAGUUAUUACAGUGAUUUGACCAAAGCCGUCGAUGGCAAGGUCACACCGGCAACGAGGCAGAUUGAUCAUGAUCUGCCACGCACUUUCCCAGGCCAUCCAUGGUUGGACACUCCAGAGGGUCAUGCUGCUCUACGACGUGUGCUUGUUGGUUAUUCCUUUCGCGAUUCCGAUGUUGGCUAUUGUCAGGGUCUAAACUACGUUGCAGCGUUACUAUUGCUUGUCAUGAAGACAGAAGAAGACGCAUUCUGGAUGCUAGCAGUCCUUUUGGAAAACGUAUUAGUCCGUGACUGUUACACAACCAACUUGUCUGGAUGCCAUGUUGAGCAGCGGGUUUUCAAAGAUUUGCUUGCCCAAAAAUGUCCUCGAAUAGCUACUCAUCUUGAAGAUAUGGGCUUUGAUGUUUCCCUUGUAGCCACUGAAUGGUUUCUAUGCCUCUUCUCUAAAAGCCUUCCUUCAGAGACAACUCUAAGGGUGUGGGAUGUACUUUUCUAUGAAGGAGCAAAGGUUCUAUUCCAUGCAGCGUUAGCAAUAUUCAAGAUGAAAGAGAACGAGCUGCUUAUGACCCACCAGGUUGGCGAUGUAAUCAACAUAUUACAGAAAACUUCACACCAGCUUUUUGACCCGGAUGAAUUAUUAACGGUGGCAUUUGAGAAAAUCGGAUCGAUGACUACCAACACCAUAUCAAAGCAGAGGAAGAAGCAGGAACCAGCAGUGAUGGCAGAACUUGAUCAGAGACUUCGGAGACUCAACUCUCUGAAAGAAAAUGGUAAGAGCACAUAAACAAAAAGAACUGUUGGGGAGAAGAUGAGCCAAAAAGUGUAAACGAGGGAGUCCAACAAUGGUUUAUUUACCCCUCUUGAUGGUCUUUUUUUUUUUCUUUUUUUCCAAGUAUAUAUAAAUAGGAUUUUUAAUUUUAUUUUGAGAGCAAAACAUAACCAAGAUCCAUUUCUGUGAUGGUAAAUGUCAAGUUCCUUCACAUUCCAAGAGAUUCCAAGAGGUGUUACUUGCCUUUUGCAUUUUUUACCCCUCUUGAUAUAUCAAUUGUGAUCUUCAUGUUUUUAUAGAUCCUUGUUUGGUUUGUACUUUGUAGUAUGAAUUGUCGACUGUUCUUCUCAAUAGUAUUUUUAUUAAAACAAAAAA